AUGAAUUUAUUCACUUUUUUGACAAAAUUAUCAACUAACCCGGAUAAACCAAACAAAGAAAAUGAAAGAAGAAUUGUCCGUUUUUCCAAAUCUGCAUCAAAGCAGCUUUCUUCAGAAAUUGAAAAUAAAGAAAAUUCUUCCCCAAAAAUUUAUAAACAACAAAAAAUUGGAAGAUUGGUUUCGAGAUUAAAUACAAUUAGUUAUUGUGAUAUUAGUAAGGAGGAUGAUGACGAUUCUGAAUUGGAAGUGAUUAAUGAAUUGGCUAAAGGAUUAACUUUGGAAAGGAAAGAACGUUCAGUUAUGGAAGCACAUGGCUUUUAUUCCAAUGCUGCUGUCUGCUUACCUUCUUGGAGAGAGCCAAACCAAUUGACUGUUCAACAACUUGAAGCUGACGAGGUUGCAUUUUCGAUUGAUGGAGAAACUCAUAUGAUGCGUACUUUUGGAGGUUUGACUUCAUUUUUUAUAACUGGAUUAACAGGGUUUUUUUUAAUUUUAGGCGAUGAAUAUUCUGAUUGUGUUGGCAAGUCUUCUUCAAGAAAACGUGCUCGGUCUUGUUUAAUUUCUUCUGAUGAUGAAAGCGUUGACUGCGAUUUUUUUAAUGCUCAAACUGAGGACAAUCAAUGGAUAGUUGAAAAAGUUCUUGCUCGUCGUGUGGUCGUGGACCUUCCCAAAACAAGAUCAGUCCAGUAUUUUUUAAAAUGGAAAGGAUGGGAUUAUAAACAUUCAACUUGGGAAAUUCAUUGUAAAGAAAAUAAUAUUGAGGAUUUGGUAUGA